AUGGAGACGAGUCAAAACCAAAGAUUCGCUUGGCUUAGCAGUGGAUCAAAGCAAGCAUCCUGUAGUCCUCAGCUCUCCGGCUGGCAAGAAGGAACGACGAGGGAAGCAAUCUAUCUUUGGCAGCAGGCUAGUUCAAGUUGCUUUCAACUACGUGGUGUGCGGUAUCCACCUCUGGCUACUUCUGGCAGGGUGGUACGGGUGCGCACCUGUGGAGCACUGCUUUCCAAACUGCCAAACUGGAUGGUUGACGCUUUGACGAUUAGUACAUGUACACCGGUUGCCUUUGCGCCAAAAGAAGGCCACCUGGGUCUUGGCAGUCGCAGGACCUGCGACUGCAUGGUCAGCAGCCUGACAUUAUUUGUUUUGGAAGACUCAGUCUACUUACUUACUUGGCUUUGGCAGGAUGGAGAAUUCGGAGUAGAGAAGCAUCCCAUACCGGUAGUGGCUAGUGACAUAGCCAUAGGUGCCGGUGCGGUUACAUGCAUCUUGGAAUGGUGGUACAUGUAG